UGUGUAACCCAGGCCCCGCCCCCUGUGGGAGGGGCCAGUCCGGCCCAGGGGUGGUCUGGGCCUGAUUUCAGAUCAGCUGUUCGAGGUCUGUGGCUUCAGCUGCGAACACACGUUAAAUAUAGAAGCCGAGUCACAAACAAACAAACAAACCGGACGAGAAACGAAGGGAGGGAGGGAAAAAGAGGACAAAAAGAGGAAAUAAGAGAUUUACCACGGCUAUGGGCUGUCAGUGAACGCACCACAGAAGACUGGACUCCUGUUGGACUGAAGAUCUGAAACAGACAGGUUUAGGUGAAGAUGCGAUCCAGAACCUGCACCGUGGAGGGUCCAGAGGACGGACCCAUCCAACCCGCUAAAACCUUCAUCAAACCAGACCAGGACUCGUCAGAACCAACGAAGAAGACGGUGAAUGUACGAGACGACGAGGACGUUAAGACGGAGGCACCAAAAAAACACAAACUGUCCGGGACCAAGAAAACGAGUCCAGAACUGUCAAGAACCGACCUCCUCCAUCUGCUGGGAGUCAUGGAAGGAGAAGUCCAGGCCAGAGAGGACGUCAUCCACCUCCUGUGGUCGGACCGGACCGGACCCGAGGCCCUGGAGGCCCACUACGGCUCCGCGGCCCCCCUCAGACCGCUGCAGGCCCUGCACAGGGACCGCCUCCUGGACCCCAGCCACGCCCACAGCGCCGACGACGUCUACCAGAAACCCAUGGCCGAAUUGGACCGUCUGGAGGACAAACAGAAGGAGACGUACCGGCGCAUGUUAGAGCAGCUGCUAUUGGCCGAGAAGUGUCACCGACGGACGGUGACGGAGCUGGACAACGAGAAACGCAAACACGCAGACUUCAUGAACAAGAGCGACGACUUCACCAACCUGUUGGAGCAGGAGAGAGAGAGACUGAAGAGGCUGUUGGAGCAAGAGAAGGCCUACCAGGCCCGGAAGGACAAGGACCACAGUAGGAGGCUGGAGAAGGUCCGAGCCGAGCUGGUCAAGCUCAAGUCCUUCGCCCUGAUGUUGGUGGACGAGCGGCAGCUGCACAUGGAGCAGAUGGACCAGCAGAGCCAGAAGGUCCAGGACCUGAUGCUGAAGCUGCAGGAGAAGGAUCAGCGACUGGCAGCGCUCACCAACACCGCCAAUGAGGAUGCCCAGAAGGUCCUGAAGCUGGAGGCGGAGCUGGAGAACCGGGCAACAAAAUUCACAAAAGACCACGAGGAGAUGAACGCCAAGCUGGAUGGUCAGGAGACCCAGAGCCGGCAGCUGAGGCUGAAACUCGCAGGACUCUCACAGAAGAUCGAGGAGCUGGAGGAACAAAACAAAGUCCAGCAGAGGUCUGAAGAAGACCUGCAGGAACUGAGGGAGAAGAUCAGCAAAGGGGAGUGUGGGAACGCAAGCCUCAUGUCCGAACUGGAGAAUCUACGCAAGAGAGUGUUGGAGAUGGAAGGUAAAGACGAGGAGAUCACCAAAACUGAAACCCAGUGCAAAGAGCUGAGGAAGAAGCUCCAGGAUGAGGAGAACCACAGCAAAGAGCUAAAGAUGGAGGUGGAAAAGCUCCAGAAGAGGAUGGUUGAACUGGAGAAACUGGAGGGAGCUUUCAACAAAAGUAAAACCGAGUGUUCUCAGCUUCACGUCAACCUGGAAAAGGAGAAACGUGUCGUGAAAGAUCUGGCCAUGGAGCUGGAGGCGGUGAAGACUCGACUAAAAGAACUGGAAUCAUCCGAGUCCAAGUUCGACAAGACGGAAAUGGUCCUGAAAGACGAUCUGAUGAAGCUGAAGUCCUUCACGGUGAUGCUGGUAGAAGAACGUAAGAACAUGUCGGAAAGGCUUAAGCAGGAGGAACAGAAGAGUGAGGAUUUGAGGAGGAUGUUCAAAGCAGAGCAGGGGAAAGUCAUGGAGGUCACGGAGAAGCUGAUUGAGGAGAGCAAGAAACUCCUCAAACUCAAAUCAGAGAUGGAGGUCAAAGUGACGACGCUGACUCAAGAGAAAGAGGAGAUAAAAACGAAACUCACAAGUGAGGAAGAAAAGUGUAAGGAGCUAAACUGCAAAGUGAAUGGGAUGAAACUGAGAAUUGACGGACUAGAAGAAGCUGAGAAGGAGAUGUUGAGAACGUGGAUGAACGACGGCAGAAACAGAAAACCAGACGACGACAACAAGGUCAAGGAGCUCACGCUGGAAAUCGAACGACUCCGGAAUCGCCUCAAACACCUGGAGGUGGUUGAAGGAGAUCUAAUGAAAACAGAAGACGAGUAUGACCUGCUGGAGAAGAAGUUCAGGACCGAGCAGGAUAAAGCCAACACCCUGUCAAAGAUGCUGGAGGAGAUGAAGGACCAGAUCGCGAGAAACAAAGCCAUCGAGAAAGGUGAGCCGAUGAGUCCAGAGGCGGAGCUGAGGAUUCGCUGCAAGAUGGAAGAAGCUAAAACCAGGGAGCUCCAGGCCGACGUCCAGGCCCUGAAGGAGAAGAUCCAUGAACUGAUGAACAAGGAGGACCAGUUGUCGCAGCUUCAGGUGGACUACUCUGUCCUCCAGCAGAGGCUCAUGGAGGAGGAGUCCAGGAAGUCCUGCAUGAGUCAGGAAGUUGCAAACCUUACCAAGGAACUGGAGGUGACCAGGAGGUACAGUCGUGCUCUGAGACCUGGCAUGAACGGCCGCAGGAUGGUGGACAUCCACGUUACCUCCACAGCGGUGCAGACAGAGACGGUCACUGAAGAGGAGACCACUGCCGGGUUUAUCCAGAAGUCAGUCCAAGAGGAGAACCAUUUGAUGAACAACCUCAGGCAGCGAGGUCUGAAGAAGCCAGUUUUGGAGAGAUACCCUCCAGCGUUAGCAGAUCUGAGCGCAAAGAAGUCCUGGAUACCUUGGAUGAAAAAGAAGGAGGCCAUCACCUUGUCACAAACCACCCCCGAGAACCAGAAACCAGGUCGACCACUUCACAUUCGAGUCAUGCCCGAUCACGGGAACAGCACCGCCACAUUGGAGAUCACCAGCCCCCAAGCCGAGGAUUUCUUCUCCAGCACCACCAUCAUCCCAACUCUGGGUCUUCAGAAACCUCGCAUCACCAUCGUCCCGAAGCCGACGACUGUCACCUCGAAGACCAAACCUCAAGAGGCGUCAGAAGGCCUGGAUCGAGCCAAGUCUCCGGUCACGAUUACCACCAUCUCCAGGGCUCGGAGUCCAGAGAAGAGCACCGGCAACGGCUUCCACUCGCCGGUCUCCAUCAUCACGGUCAGCACCACGCCGGUGGCUGAAGCCUGUGCCGCACCUGAACCUCACGAACUCGCCUCGGGUCGCACCGUGAUCAAGAUGGCACCAGAGAGACAGCCUGGACCUUCGGCGGUGAGGAAGUUCAGCUCCAACAGCAACAUCAUCACCACUGAAGACAACAAGAUCCACAUCCACCUGGGUUCUCAGUUCAAGAGGCCGGCUGAAGGGUGCAGUCCCCUGGUGACCCUCAGACCUGCUGAAACCGGAACGGUGCUCCGGUCGCCACAGCAACCUGCGACCCCUAGCAAAAUGACGAGCAGCAUAACGAUCACGCCCAUCACCUCGACGGCGUCCAGACCGACACAGUCAGUGCCUGGUUCAGAUGUCCAUUCCUUCCGGAACGCCGCCGCCGCCACUCGGAUCCCUGUGUCCAAAGGUACGAAAGCCGGCGCCAAGGCUGUUGUGGGCGUUUCCACGGUGACCAGGUUAGAGUCGAGGGCUGAGAGCCAGUCCAUGAAAAUCGAGCUGAGGAAGUCGACGUUGUGCGGCUCGGCCUCGGCAUCUGCGGGCAAGAGCUGAGGCCCCGGCCCCCGUUUCCAUGGCAACGGGGCGGCGCCAAGGCGGGACAGGUUAAACCUGAGACCGGAUGCGUUGUUUCUGUGGUUUUACUUUCAAGCCUUUGAAGAGAGAGAACAUGUCCAGUCCAAAAAAACAAAAAAAACAAAAACAUGUCCAGUCCACCUCCGACUGUCCUCCAUUUCCACCUGUUUUUGUUUUUGUUUUUUUUCUUCUUUUUCUGCUUUUACUCACGUGUUGUUUUUUUUAAUCCUCAUGGUUCUUAACUGGUGUUUGUGUGGACGGUUCCACGGCUGACUGAAAGAAUCACCUGUAACAAACUCUGAAAUAAAGUCCUGUAC